AUGAGAGCCGCCACCGCAGCCGCCGUCCUCACUCUGGUGACCUCGGUCGCCGGCCACGGGUACAUGUGGUCCCCGGAGAGCCGAACCCGCCAGGGCUUCGAGGCCGGCAAAGACUCAUGCCCCGAAUGUACCAUCCUCGAGCCCGUCGAGUCCUGGCCGAACCUAGACGGCGCCAAGGUCGGCCGCAUGGGACCCUGCGGGUUCAACCAGCGCGACGGUCUCGACUACAACAAGCCGACGGCCGACUGGGGCGGAAAGCCCGUGAAGACGUACAAGCCCGGCGAGGAGAUCGAAGUGGUGUGGUGCCUGGACAACAACGGCGACCACGGCGGCAUGUUCACCUACCGUGUCUGCCAGGACCAGAAGAUCGUCGACAAGCUCCUGAAGGCGGACUACACGCCGACCGAGGCGGAGAAGCAGGAGGCCGAGGACUGCUUCCAGAAGGGUGUCCUGAAGUGCAGCGACGUCAGCGGCCAGGACUGCCCCGCCAGCGACGACUGCCAGGAAGACAGCUGCAAGAACACGGACUGGUUUACCUGCAACAGCUUCGAGGACACCGGGUGCAUGGGUGUCGACAAUGCCCAGCCCGGCUCCUGCAAGACCACCAUCUCCGAGGGCUACACCGUUACCAAGAAGAUCAAGCUCCCCGAGUUCAAGUCGAAGCAUACCUUGCUCUCGUUCAAGUGGAACUCGUUCCAGACGCCUCAGGUCUACCUGAACUGCGCAGAUAUCGCCAUCCAGUAA